AUGGGCAGCAUCGAGAUUCCUUACUGGCAGGUCAACGUGCCACCGGAGCAGUGCACGGUCACCUGCCCCGACUUUCUGCGCGGCAUCAGCGCCCGAGACGUGGAGAUCAUCAGUACGCCCUCAGCCGCCUGUCACACCCUCAGCUGGGACGAGGCGCGGACCAUUGUGGCGGCCGGCCGGCUCGACCAGUUCCAGCGGUCACCCACGCAACUGCGCAGCUACCUCGCGUACGCCUGGGGACUGCGCCAACAGUACGGCAGUCCCGUCAGCUAUCUGCUCCAAGAACGCUUGCGAUGGCGCGCCGACGAGCCUGCACAAGGCGCCGCACCGUUUGUCUGCCCGUCUGACGUCAAGGUCAUGUGCAACGACUGGCCGUACGGUAUCGACGACCGCAUCGUCCACCUGGUCGUGUGGACCAAGUUUGCGCUCGAGGAAAACCCAGUGACGGACAAGCUGGCGGACGAGACACGCACUGCCAUCGAUCGGUACGUCAACAAGACGUUUGGCGAACUGCCCAAAGAUAGCUAUAUCUGGUUCAAAAACUGGCGGUCCCUCAAGUCCAUCCUCCAGAUCGAGCACUUUCACGUAAUGUUGUUUGAUCCGCCACAGGAAUUUGUCGACAGGGUCACAGACGGAGAUGUGCCGCAGUUUAGGCGGGCAGCUAAGGACGGUCGGUAG